AUGCUUGCGCCUUUGUUUAAUUACAGUUCUGCUCAGAGGGAAGAGAGUGCGUACAUGAACAAAUGAUUUGAUUCUGGUAGUCGGGUUCGGGUGGUGUGUAUUCUUGACAGCUUUCACUUUUCGUAGCACCUACAGCGGUUGAUUUGUGCUUAUAUGGUGUUAUAGAUCUGUUAAGUUAGGAUCUGUUAAGAUUUGAAUGGAUCGGACUGAGCGGUGGGCUGUGUGUUUUUACUUUCCUAGUUCUAGCUUUUGUACACGUUCGACAUGAUGGAUGACGAGGUUAUGGCCGAUAAGGGCUUCUUCAUCAAACUGGUGAAUGACGAGAAGGGUAAAGGACUGUUCUCCAACCGCCCUUUUAAGGAGGGCGAUGUGAUUCUCGAGGAGAGACCCAUGGUCUGCUGUCAGUUCCUGUGGAACUCUGAGUUUGGUUAUCUGGCAUGCGAUCACUGCCUGCGGCCGCUAGAAACCGCGGAGGAAAACGUCCGCAGGCUGACUGGUAACUCAAGCUUUGUUGUGCCGCACAAGGAGUGUUGCGAAGUAAAUAAGAACUUGAUAACUGAGUGUCCACUGUGCGGGGUCAAGUAUUGCAGCAUUGAAUGCCAGAAUGAGGCAUUUCAGAGGUACCACAGUGCGUUAUGCCUACAAGUGAAAGUCAAGGAUGAGAGCCAGCCUCUCAAUCAAUUAUGCGAAACGUGGAAACAAAUGCAUUACCCACCCGAAAGUGCAUCGAUCAUGCUGUUAGCAAGGAUGGUUGCUGUAGUUAAUCAAGCGAACGACAAGGAGGAGGCUUUAGCAAUGUUUUCACAGUUUUGUCAUCGUACAGUUUCCAACGACACUCAUGAAAUUGUGCACUAUCUGCUAGGGGAAAAGUUUGUGGGCCAAAUUGAUACCCUUCAGCAAAUGAUGAAAGAGGCUCUUAACACUGAGUAUACUUCACACUGGUUUACGCCGGACGGUUUUAGAAGUCUAUUAGCUUUAGUAGGAACGAAUGGUCAAGGAAUCGGCACUAGUUCAUUUAGCCGCUGGGUGAAGAAUGUUUCCGCUUUAGAGUUACCUAAAGACGAAAGAAUCUACAUUGACAAGUUGAUAGAGAAAAUUUACGACGCCAUGGACGAAGCGGUAGGUCCGUUUUUAAAUAACGAAGGGUCUGGGCUCUACAUUCUACAAUCGUCAGUGAAUCAUAGCUGUGUACCUAAUGCAGUUGUUGAAUUUCCUUAUUCGAAUAAUACUUUAGUAUUAAAAGCAAUACGCGAUAUAAAAGCCGGUGAAGAGAUCUGUACGAGUUAUCUCGACGAAUGCCAGCUCGAGAGAAGUAGACAUUCCAGGCAACAGGCGUUGAGCUCUUUGUAUCUGUUCGUCUGUCACUGCGACAAGUGUCAAGCACAAGCAAAUGAUCCCGAUGUAACAUCCGACGAGGAAGAAUCUGAUGAAGACUGAUGAGUGCUGAAAAUGCACAGAAAACUAUGUAAUUUUCGUAAUAAACAAAUUACUAGAUACAGGUCUCUUUCUAUUUACGAAUUUUUAAAUACAACUGGCAUGCGCGCAUUUUUUUUUAUCUUAUACUCGCUGCAGCCAUAUUGAAUUCGUGACGUCAAAGGCGAGAAAUGUUACAAGAAUUUUUAGGUCAUUUUUAAAUAAAAAAUUUUAAUGAAAUGACAUUUCAGGUCGCUUUAGUACAGUUGUAAGAUAUAUCAAAAAUAUGCUUUUUCCUUGACAGUUAACACUAGAAUAACCGGGAUUAAGUAGAUACUGAUUUCUUUUUUUUGUUUCUAUCUUUAACUUUACAUAGUUAUUUUUUUUCUUUAAUAUUUAAAUAAUCCAAAAAUACAAAAUUCGAAAAAAAUUAUUUUAAUAUAAAUUUGAAAUGUCAUUUUUAUUGUUUUGUUCCCUAAAUCUUUUGAUACAUUUUAGGAGUCUUACAAAUAUGUCACAGAAUUAGCACAAAGUGAAUAAUAACGAAGUGGCACGCAAGAAUAAAUUAGAUUGUCAACACGUUGCUUUGUCGCCUUAUAAUUAUUCCUACCUACUUGAUUGUGUUACCUCUGUCAAUGGGGAGUUCUUGGUUUGGAAACAACUUUAUACAAUAUAUUGUAUCAAGGAUUAUAUUUUUAGGAAAAAAUUUUGUCAUUUUUUAAACUUUAGUCUCGUCAAUUUUAGUAAUGAAAUAUUUUUCAUGAAUAAUUUACUUGUAUAGAAUAAUGUCAGUUUAAAGGAUAUAUAUUUAUAGCAGCAGUUUAAUGUAUUUAACGCUUGAACUUAUGAUUAUAGUCUUGGAACAUAAUUUCGUCGUAAAUAGAGAAGUACCUGUAUCUAUCGAUUAAUAUUUAACCAUCUUGUGAAUUAUUUAACGGAUAUUCCGUCACGCUUCACUAGACUAUCAUGCAUAUGGCACACUAAGUGAGCUUUAUGUAAAAUAAUAGCAUGUAGGAUAAAAACAUACCAUUACACUCGAAUAAACUUUUAAUAAAUA